AUGUCUGAACAGGGAUCGCCCGCACCGGAGGAGCGCAAGCCCAAGGCCGAAGACUCCAAUGCGCUGAACAUCAAGAUCGUUUCGACCGACGGAAACGAGGUCUUCUUUAAGAUUAAGAAGACCACAAAGCUCAACAAGCUCAAGGCCGCAUACGCAGAGCGAGUCGGUGCCGACGCGCAAACUAUCCGUCUGCUUUUCGACGGGAACCGUAUUUUGGAUGAUCAGACCGCCGCCGAUCUCGAUAUCGAGGAUGGAGACGCGAUUGAGGUUCUGCUCGAGCAGGUCGGUGGGCAAUAG